AGUUCAGUUGGGUAGUCCAGUGUUAACAGUUCCUCGAUCCGUCUAUGACUAUUCAAACUAGUGUACCAAUUUCAUGAACAUCGAAAAGUCGGUAGAGGUUAAAGGUUUCUUACGUGCUCUCCAUAGUUAUUAAUAGAUGAACGGUUGUACGCGAUUAGAAUAGUGAUCGGUAUAACAAACAACAUUUAUUCAAAGAUAACAUAAAUAUUAUUGUUUUUAUUAGUACCGAAUAAUGGGAAAAAGUGGAUUUUACAAGAUCAGAAUUUCCCAUUGCAUUUCUUAGGAAAACUUUUUAAGAUUUAAUUAAAUAAAUUGGAUUACAUUUUCAAAGAUAUACGAAGACAGAUUACCUCAAGAUGGAAUAUAAAUGGUCAUUAUUCACAGUACUUAUAUCAACAGUAUUAUGUGUAAGGGUUCCUCAAAAUCCUUGUCCCAACGUAUUCCAAUAUUAUAAAGAUACACAAGGAAAUAUAUACGGAGAAGCCGUUUUGCCCUAUGAUAAUGCUACAUAUAUGGAAUUCAGUGUAAACGCAUCAUUCAAAGGACAAUACGAACAUUUGAAAUUGAGACUAGAGCUGGUAACAGAACUUGCUGAACUAAAUAAUUAUGUGAAAAAUGUUAUUUACAAUAUUUACUUUCCUUUCACGAACCUAAUACCGAAAAUUACAAGGAUUGCCUAUAAUAAUCGAGUGUACUGUAGAGGACCUGGAGAGCCCGUAAUACCUGGAUCACCCGGAAUAACUAACGUUUGGCAUUCAGUAAUCUUCAGAUUUGUUAGAGUACCAAAUAGAUUCUACGAAGUACCAUCUGUAGAGGUAGAUCAAUCUGAUCUCGACAUACCUGUAAAGGAUCCAAAAGAGCGACCGAAAUUAACAACACCAGAACCAAUGCGAUAUAACCAAACUUUGCCUGAGUUAAGGCCAAAUACACUAGUACCACCACCCAAGGAUUCACGACCAGAAGCUGACACAAUUGAUCAAGGUGUUCUCGAUGCCAUAUUUACUCACCCAACAGAAUCUACUACGAACAGUGCGUUUAUGUUUACAUCACCUAACAUCAUAUCUGACGAUGGAUAUAAAUGCGGAUUACCUGGCGACCAAUUACCGAAUAAUGCUGUAGUGCCUCUAAUUUUAGGUGCUUCUGAGAGCAAUAUUGGACAGUUUCCCUGGUUAGUGGCUUUAUUUAUGAAUGCAGGGUCCAAGUAUGAUUACAAGUGCUCAGCUAAUUUGAUUUCGGAAAAACAUGUAAUAACAGCCGCUCGUUGUAUUCAAUUUUAUAAUAUUCAAAUUAUGAAGACUGAUCAAAUUUUCUUAGUAAUGGGCACAAAUAGUUUAGAAAAUUGGAAUAAUAAUGGAGCUAUAACAAGAAGAGCCAUCGAUGUUAAAGUACAUCCAGCUUUCAAAGAAAAUUCCAAAUCUGCUCACGGAGAUCUUGCUAUCAUUACCAUGGAUCGUCGUGUUCAAUUUUCAAAAGUAUUAAGUCCAGUCUGUUUAUGGAAGGGUAAUACUGACUUAUAUCCUCUAACCAACAAAAUGGGAGUGAUAGCAGGAUUUGGUCAAGAUGAAAACUCACAAGCCAACGGUUUGACACACGUUUUAAGAGCCAAAAGAGCAGAUAUGCCCAUAGUUUCUCAAUCGGAAUGUCUGACAAGUCCUUUAGGAUUCAAAGAUGUCACUUCUGACCGAACUUUUUGUACAAAGAGUGGUGAUACUCCAACAGGACCCUGUAUAGGAGACAGUGGCGCUGGUUUCUUCAUAUUAAUGGAUGGUGUUUAUCAUCUUCGAGGAGUAGCAUCGGCGAUUUCCGUUACUAACGGAAUUUGCGAUCUGUCAAAUAAAUAUUCAGUAUUCUGUGACGUUGCUAAAUUUUCAGACUGGAUUAAGUCCAAUAUGGUUUAACUUCCUUAUGAGCUGUGAUGAUUUUAUUAUUUAUAAAUUGGUUAAUAUCAGUGUAAAUCUUAUUGAUAUUUAGGGGUCAGAGAAAAACUUGUGCAGAAAUUCAUAGUAUUUAGCACUCACAAUAAAAAUAUUUUACUUAAUAUCAAUAUUAUUGUCUACAAACAUUUAAUAUAAAUAAUAAUAAUUGAAAAUCAACCAAAAUCCAUAUUUGGCAACUGCGCUUCUAUUUACCAAUUACCAACGUUUGGACGUUGAAUGGGAAUCCAAUUACAUUCAUAGUAAUAUAGAAUAGUUUGAAGCUGAGACAUUUUGAAUUUAGAUAUUUUCUUCUUAUUCCAAAUGUAUCUGAUAUAAUUUUGUUAUCAUUUUAUUCUUGAACAAUUAUUUUAUUAAUUAAAUGAAAUCUCAAUAUAGUAGUUUUUAAAGUUGGGAUGCAAAUACUGACCUACUCUAACUGUCUACAUCCCACAUAUUAGACGUAUUGAAUUUGUGAUAUAUUGAGUUGAUAGAUGGUCUAAAUGCAGAGCCACAUCUCUUAACAAAUUUCCAAUCGUUACUGAUAGUCCAGGAACCGGUAACACUAGUCAUCCGUCAUAGCGGAAUCAAAAAAUUUUUAUUUAAAUAAAUAAAACAUAAGUAUAGUAAUAAAUUAAGCUAAGUAUGCGUGGAUUCCUAUUGCCGAAACAAUUUAAAAAAAUAUUUAAAAAAUGACAAAAUGUUUAAUCGUCAUCGAGGAUAUAUUCAAGGAAUAAUAGAAUUUUUAUUUUAGAUAACUGAAACAAUGAAUAAUAUUGAAAUAAUUGACUGGAGUUUAUUCUCAAACUCAUCUAUAUCUCAACGGUUUUCAUUUUCUAGUUCUUCACUUUUUUCUUCAUUUAAUUGGCCACUGAGAAUUUCUUCAACUUUUGAAAGUGCUGCUGGACCUUUAUACCACAACGGUUCCAACUUAUUUUCUUGAUUUAGUUGCCAUCCACAUUCAGUUGGUUCAAAUAAAAUACAAAUUGGCUCCGUGGCAUUUUGCCACAUUGCAUUUAUAAAUAUGGUGCUUACAACUUUUUGUGACAGAUUUUUCCAGCAUGGAGGAAUAUUGCUAGAAUUGAAAUUUGUAAGACCUUUGUAAAAUUCUUCUUUGUCAUUGGUACUUGCAAAAAAUUUUAAAGAAUAAUUCAAAUCUUGCAAUAUCAACAUUAUUUUUGUCUAUAUUAUACAUUUCUUUGGUAAGUAUUAAGUGCAUAAGAUCUGUUUUCUCUUCGUCAUUGAUGUCUUCCGGAUCCGUCAACUGUUCAAAUAUAUUUUGGUACUCUUCAUUCUGUGUUGAAAUGUUGAAGGUUUUGAUUUUUCUUUUGCCAACAAGAGCUGCUGUAUCAUCAGAAUGUUCAAACAUAUUUUGGUAUUCUUCAUUCUGUAUUAGAAUGUUGAGGGUUUGAUUUUUCCUUUGUGAACAAAAGCUGCUGUAUAAUCAGAACCUGUGAAGGCAUGGAAGCCCGGAAGAGAUCGACAAAGUGAUGGACCUAAUUCUCGUGCAAGAUCUGUACAACUUAUAUAAUUAAAUUCUUCAUCUAAUUUAUUUGUUGUCCAUUUUUUUUUAGUUUUCGAAUUUGUGAAUAUUUCGGAGACAAAUGAUUAAAACGUCAGUAUCUACAGAUUUAAUGAGAAUUUUUUUAUGAGAUGAACAUUUUUUCAAGUGGAAGAAUAUUCUUGUAUCAGCCUCUUCGUGUAUAAUAACGUGAUAAAAACAAUAUGAGUUGAUAAUAUUCAAAAAUAUAAAGAUGCAACACUUCAUCCCAAAAUAGAAAACAGAAUCACGAAACAUUCGACAUUUGAAGGUGAAACAGACUGAAGGAACAGAAUAGCUUCUACCUUCUAAAAUACCCAAAGACAACCUCAUCUGAACUAGAGAAAAGUAAUAAAUAUAUACAUAGAGACCAUGGAGACUAUAUAGUCUAUUCUCCAUGAUAGAAACAAUUGCAACUAUUCCACCUCUUACGAUUCACCUCUUGAACAGUACUCUGUACUAAACUAUAUUAUGUAUGUAAAAAACAUUAAUCAACAAGAGUAGUUUUACACAGGGCCUGAUUAAGAUUUAUAAGGCCCGGAGCUAAAAUAAUGACGGGGCCCCCUUAAGGAAUUCGGAAGCCCGGAAAAAUUGAACAAAUAAUAUCAAUACGUUAGAUUUGUGGUAUCAACACAUAACAAAAUACAGAAUGUUUUCCAAUUGAUAGAACUCUCUAAGACCUGGGGCUACAGUCCCCCAAGCCACUAGCUUAAUCCGGUCCUGGUUUUACAAGAAACAUAAUUAUUAUUGACGUAAUAUACGAGAUCAUAAUAAUUAUGUAACAAUGGUAAUUCGACAAAAAGCAUUUACUCCAAAAUAAAUGUAUUGAAUAUCGAACAUUUUGGAGUAGAUGCUAAUAUAGUUUAUGCACUUCAAGAUGGUAUGCCGUAUUUUUUCGGCAGCUUUUGAGCGUGCAUACCAAGAUAUUUUUAAAAAUUACAUAAAACUAAACGAAAUAAAAGUUUCCGGCAUGAUGGAGAACAUUUAGCAGGCAAAAAAAGUGGUUUACAGUCGAAUACAUUAAAAAAAAUAUACGCGAUGACGGUAAAACUUUUGUCAUUUUUUUAAUAUAUUUUUAAAUUGUUUCGGCAAUAGGAAUCCACGCAUACCGAGCUUAAUUUAUUCCUAUACUUAUGUUCUAUUUAUUUGAAUAAAAAGUUUUUGAUUCCGCUAUGACGUGACUUUCAGUGUUACCGGCUCCCCGCCUAUGAAGUUUGUACAAAAAGCUUAUGUGUAUUUAUACUGAAUUUGGCCCAUUAACUUCAAUUAUAAUUCUGUUUAUUUAUAUUUAUAGCUGUAAUUUUUUAUUUUCGCAUUUUAAUUUAUUUCGAAAUACUAAUUCAUUUAAUAAUCUACUAAUUUAUUUUUAAACUGUGUUUUCACAGUUAGUUGAUUAUCACAAAAACAAAUUGCAUUUGAAAACAGUAAAUAAUUAUAAUUGAGAUGAUUCUUAGUUUAUAAACAUAUAAGUAAAAAAUUUGUUCGACUACUAUUGUUAAAAUAUUCAAAUAAUGCGGAACUGACUAAGUUAAGUCUGACAUUUAAAAGUGAACUUAGGAUAUAUUAUAUUUCAGACAUACAUAAUUGUAUAUAUUUAUCAUUACUGAUUAUUAUCUAUUUUUGAAGAAAAUCUACAAAUGCUAUAAGUAGAACCUUUCUUUAAUUCAUUAUUCUGAAUAAUCAUUUCUUUUCUGAAACUUUUAAAUACAUGACACUAUUAAACUAACAAUUUGUCAAAUUAUUACAUGAAAUAAUUCGGUAAUUUUAUACUUUCGCGGUCCCCUUGUUUUUUGGCUCUAGAAAAUCGAAAAAUCAUCCGAUUUCGGUGAAUUUUUUUGAUAUUCGUUUUAACGGCGGAUUUAUGAAAAAUAAAAAUGUUCACUUUUCAAACAACACUCCCCCCGCUCCUCGCCUAACUCCCAAUUCUCUUGAACAGUCAACCUUAGUAAGAUACCAUUUUUUAAUGGUUAAAAUUUUCAAUUUUUCAAAGUUAACUUUUAAUAUUGCACACUUGAUUACAAUAAGUGAUUUUAAGAAUGUUUUUGUUCAUAUAUCUUUAAUGAUUACUUAAUAAAAAAAGGUACAAACUAUUAUAUGUGAGAGAAGGGCAAUUUUAAGAGAAAUUAUUAUUAUUUUUAAUUGUAAAAACAUGACAAAUCAACAUUUUUGUAUAAUAUUUUUUCACUUUCAUCAUUUUUUGUGUAGAUUAUGAAAAUUUCAUUUGAUUAUUUGGAAAAAAGUUAUCAACAAUUAUACGUGAAUGAGUUCACUUUCAUGAACAUUUAAAGCCCUGAAACCAAUAGAAGUUUUCUUUUAUUCUAUUCCUAUAAUUUUUUCCGUAAAUCCGCCGUAAAAAUGAAGAUUUUAAACAAAAUUCAAUGAAAUCGGAUGAUUUUCCGAUUUUCUAGAACCAAAAAACGAGGGGACCGCGAAAGUGUGAAAUUACUAAUAAUUUUGUAUAUGGAUAAUAAUUAUGAAUAUUUGGUAUAACUUAUUCAUUGAAAUUUUUCCAGAAUAUCGAACACGAAGUAAAAUAUUAGAAAUAAGCUCUAUUUGUGUACUUGUUCUCUCUGUAUAUACUAUUCAUAAUGUAUGGUGCCUUGAAGAUAAUAUAAUAUUUAUUUCUAA